GUCACACUCAGCUUUCCUUUCUACCCAUUUCUGUAAACUGUUCUUAUUAUUAUCAUCUUUUUAAGUAAAUUAAGGUUUGAACUGAAUAAGCACCUAAAAGCUUGGAACUUAGAAGUCAUGGCAGCAACAUUGAUGGCAGCCACAGCAAGCUCUGGCAUUGUUAUCAAACCAACUACUUUCCUUGGCCAAAUCAAGGGUACCAACACCAACCCUCUAAGAGAUUUUGUCUCCAUGGGAACCGGAAAAUACACCAUGGGCAAUGAAUUGUGGUAUGGACCAGACAGAGUGAAAUACUUAGGACCCUUUUCAGCUCAGACCCCUUCAUACUUAACUGGAGAAUUUCCAGGGGAUUAUGGAUGGGACACUGCUGGUUUGUCUGCUGACCCAGAAGCAUUUGCCAGGAAUAGGGCUCUUGAGGUGAUCCAUGGGCGUUGGGCUAUGCUUGGAGCACUAGGAUGCAUCACCCCAGAAGUGCUUGAAAAGUGGGUGAAAGUGGACUUCAAAGAACCAGUUUGGUUCAAAGCAGGAGCUCAAAUAUUCUCAGAAGGUGGCCUUGACUAUUUGGGGAACCCAAACCUUGUUCAUGCACAAAGCAUCUUAGCAGUUUUAGGAUUCCAAGUAGUUCUAAUGGGUCUUGUUGAAGGUUUCCGCAUCAAUGGCCUUCCUGGAGUUGGAGAGGGUAACAACCUCUACCCUGGUGGUCAAUACUUUGACCCUCUUGGUCUUGCUGAUGACCCUGUCACUUUUGCUGAGCUUAAGGUUAAGGAAAUCAAGAAUGGUAGGUUGGCUAUGUUCUCUAUGUUUGGUUUCUUUGUUCAAGCCAUUGUCACUGGUAAAGGCCCUUUGGAGAACCUUUUGGAUCACCUUGACAACCCUGUGGCUAACAAUGCUUGGGUCUAUGCCACCAAGUUUGUGCCUGGUUCUUAAACAUAGACUUCCCUAUCCAUAAUCCCUAUGUGUGAAUGAUGAGACAUGCUGAUUUCUGUGUAGAUUAUGAUCAUAAUGAUUGUCGGAUUAGUGUACUUCUUAAGGGCUAAUGUUCAUUUAAAACCUGGGAGAUCCCAUCUU